GUCUCUGGACAAAGAUGACAGUGGCUCCGCCUCUAUAGAUGAGCUAGACCCAAGGAGUGCGGAAGUCCUGGCCCACUUCAAGGUUUGGGUUCACUCCCAAUUUGGGGGAGUGCGGGAAGCCUUCAACGCCAUUGAUUCGGAUCACACCCGCUUCAUCACGAACGCGGAGUUUACGGCUGCCCUUCAGAGAUUUGGCUUUCAACGCCCGACCAAGCAGCUCUUUAGCCAUCUGGACAAAGAUGGGAGCAGCAGGAUUGUCAUUGAUGAUCUGCUCUUCCUGGACAGCUGGAGCCCUUUGCCUUUCUUGUUGGUCGCCCCGAAUUUCAAGGCCAUGGCGGAAAUCAAGAAGCUGAUCCUCGUGCGGACGGGGCAGUACAUGAAAGCAUGGCGUCGCCUCCUGGACAAGGAUGCAACAAAUCGUUGCAACUGGUACGAGUUCAAGGAUGCAUGUCACGUCUUGGGCUACCAGGGUGAUAUUGCCGGGGCGUGGCGAGCCUUUGAUGAUGAUUUGUCGGGCUACAUAUCGCUCCGCCAGAUCGAUGAAGAGUCGGACAUGGUCUUGUCAAACUUCAGGCGCUGGUGCGUCUCGGAGUUUGGGUCAGUGAAGUCUGCCUUUGCCGUCUUCGAUUCCGACUGCUCUGGCAGCCUCAGCUUCCACGAAUUCCGUGCUGCAUGCCGGGUGUAUGGCUACGAUGGAUCCGCCAGGACCUUGUUCUCUGCUUUGGACGUUGACCAGCAAGGCACACUGACUCUGAAGGAGAUUUCGUUCCUGGAUGAUUGGGAGAUCCAAGCAGCCGAGAACGAUUUGGGCGAGUCGCAUCGAGCAGGCUUCGGGCCAUCAUCCAAGGCAGGCCAUGGGUCGGGCGUGCACAGCUUGAUCUCCAACCUGAAGGAUCAUCCUGUUCGGGCCCGCCGGGUGGCCAGGCGGAAGUAUGAGCUGCGCCAGCGAGCUGUUCCAGAAAUACCGCGCUUGCGUUUGUCGAGAACAGGUGAUGGGGAAUACAGCUGGUCCAUGGCUGAUCCUUGGCAGUCGCGGAGUGCCAGUGCGCGGCCGUGGAUGCCAUCGCAAGACCGAUCUCCAUCAGUGAAGAGUCCCACCUUUGAUCCGGACUUCAUCGGUGCGGACAUGGAUCAGGACCUGACUCUAUCGGAGAUGUCCACGCACGGCUUCAGUCUUGGGCCAGUUCCUUCUAUGGACUCGGCGAUUGCCUCCUUGGUGGAGAGGGUAGGGCUGCCAAGUACUUCCCCUUCAGUCUACGAAGGAUUGGUAUUGUCCGAGUCUGUGGCGCAGAGAGCGAAGUUCUCUGAUGCCAAGAGACCGCGCACCCAGCCGAACCCGAAGGUUCCCAGGAUUUUAUCCCGCCUGGAAGGUCUCGCCGCGGCCAAGCCGGGCCUGGACGAGCUUUUGUCCAACCCCAGAGUGGGACCCCCUUUGCAAGGCCUCAGCCGGAAAGCUCAGGUGGUGAUGAUUGGCUCCUCCUUUGCCAAGUCAAAGGCCUACUACAUGUGA